AUGACUCUGGACGUAGUACCAAUUAGGAAAGUGGGAGUUGUUAGCGGUGGCGGCGCAAAGAAUGGUGAAGACAUCGAGGAUCUUGGUGAUGUCGAGAAUAUUGAGGUGAUGUUCGAUGAUGAUAGUGAUCAAGAUGACAGUGUUUGGCGAAGAGAAAGUGCAUCAAGACAUAACACAUCUGAUUUCGCCAACCCUCGUGGAUUAGAUGCUAUCGAUCUCAAUGAUGAUGAUAUUGAAGAUCAGAGACAAGAUAGUAUUCAACACUGGCAUUGGGAAGUGGAUGAGAUGUUGAUCAGUGUGUGGUUAAAUAUUUCAACUGACCCUAUAGCUGUUGCACAAUUUGCUGGUUGCUACGAUCAAGCUAGUCAAAACAUAAGGAGUGGUUCGAACGUUGAUGAUAUAAAGGAGUUGGCUUAUAAACUUUAUUCCACAAAUUAUGGUAAAAAAUUCACUUUUGAGAGGCAUUGGAACAUGCUUAGAUUGGAGCAAAAAUGGAGAAGCCAACUACCUACACAGAGUGGCGGCUCAAAGAGAACCAAGGUUAGUGCAAGUGGAGCAUACUCAUCCUCAUCAAACCCAGAAACACCGUUGGCUAAUGAACCCGGUGUGGACUCUUCUGUUCGCCCACAAGGAUCAGAGAAGAGCAAGAGAAAAGGUAAGGGAAAAGCACAGAUGUCUGAAAAUUUUAGCGAAAGAAAAUCAUCGGUUGUCAAAAAAUUAUCUCUCAUGGAAUAUAUUAAGAAUGUUAGAGAAAAGGAACUAAUGGAUAUGGAAAAAGAAAGAAAAGAGGAGAAGAAACAUAGAGCAAAAAUUAUGGCAAUCAAAGAGAAGGAGUUACAAAUUCAAGCGGCAAUGAAAGAACAAGAAUUACAAGCUCAAGCGGCAAUGAAAGAACAAGAAUUACAAACCCAGAGGUAUAUUAAAGAAAUGGAGAUAAAAGCAAAAGAAAGAGAAAUGGAAAGGAUGGCCAAGGAAAGGGAAAUGGAGAUGAAUAUGUAA